AUGAGUUAUCCAAGCCCAUAUGAACUAGAAGCUGAAUCAUUAAUUACUUUAGCAUUUGAAAGUGAAAAGGUUGCUCGCAUAGAAGAAAUAAAUUCCCAUAAGCUCAGCCCAAGUGGCUCUUUUAAUAUCUCGUCAUGAACUAAUCAGCAGGCUCCGAUUGAUAUGAGAAUUACUAUCAGAUUAAAAGACUCCCCUUCUCCUCCAAUAAUUGAAGAAUUCCACUAUACUCAAUCGGUUUUCAAUUACAAGCCUUCAAUUGAUGCUGAAAAACUUAUUUCUCCAUCAACCUCUAACAAUGUUGGCAUUACUAAAGAUAUAAGUAAUGAAAAAGUUACACAAAUCAGGCACAUUACCCCAACUCCAAAAAAGGCUGUUGAAAAAAUAAAGCUGAACACUAUAAGAAUAGAAAACAAUUGUUCUGCACCUAGAAAAAGCAACGCUCUUCCUACAAGCUAUGCUGUCAAUCAUGUGCUUCAUAGGAAAAUGAAGUCUGAUGCUGAGCGCGUAAAGGUAAUUUAG